AUGAUGGACGACGACACAGAGCUGAGGACCGAUGGAAACUCACUCCUAAAGGCGGUGUGGCUAGGGAGGCUCAGGCUGACCAGGCUCCUCCUGGAAGGGGGCGCUUAUAUCAAUGAAAGCAAUGACAAAGGGGAGACAGCUCUCAUGGUGGCGUGCAUCACCAAGCAUGUGGACCAGCAGAGCAUCAGCAAGUCCAAGAUGGUAAAGUACCUGCUGGACAACAGGGCAGACCCCAACAUCCAGGACAAGUCUGGCAAGACGGCGCUCAUCCACGCGUGCAUCAGGAGGGCUGGGGGAGAAGUGGUGUCCCUACUCCUAGAGAACGGGGCGGACCCCAGCCUCGAGGACCGCACUGGGGCUUCAGCCCUGGUCUACGCAAUCAACGCAGAUGACAAAGACGCCCUGAAGCACCUGCUUGACGCCUGCAAAGCCAAAGGGAAGGAGGUGAUUAUUAUAACAACAGAUAAAUCCUCAUCAGGCACCAAAACCACCAAGCAGUAUCUCAAUGUCCCUCCUUCCCCCAAUGUGGAAGACCGGCGGUCACCACCACUGUGCAUGUCUCCUUCAGAGAUUGAACUGAAGGCUCCAGGCCUGGGCUCUCCACCCAGUGAGAGGGAAGAUGAUCUCUUCAGCCUCCAAACAGGGCAUCUGAGUGGUUGCAACACCGCCAAGUCUCUGAAUGAGCCUGGGUCACCCACCAGGAAGGUAGGGAACCUCAAGAGGGCCCGCCUGCCCCAACUGAAGAGGCUCCAGUCUGAACCCUGGGGCCUGAUUGCGCCGUCUGUGCUGGCUGCUAACAUGCGUCAGGACGAGACCCAUGGCCCCAGCCCGGACGGUGAGGUCAUCAAGAGCAUCAGCGAUGUGUCCUUCCCCAAAAGGGGGCCGCUCUCCAGAACCAACAGUAUUGAUGGCAAAGACCCCACCCUCUUUCCCACAGUCACGGAGCAGGUUCUGAAGAUCGCAGCCUCCCUGGCACCAGCAUCCUGGAAGGCAGCCUAUGAGAAGGGUCAGUCUUCCCACCCUCGUCUGGCCCGAAGGGGAACUCUCCCUGUCGACCAGGAGAAGGUGGGUGUCAGUCCAGCAAGCCCCCCUGCUCUCAAAGAUUCAGUGUCCCUCAAACGGCUAGAGAGUGAUCUCCAUGAUUUAGAGUUACAGGCAGGGGCUGAGCAGCUCAGCUCGGGUUCCCUGGAGUCAAGCAAAGGGCCCUUGGACAGGAAGAGGCUCAACGGUUCCCUCCUGGCUCUCUUCCAUGGCCCGCGGGAGUCCCUGGACGCUGCGCCCAGCACGUCCCCCAGCUCGGCGCGCCGCAGGCCACCGCAUCUCCUGGAAAGGCGAGGUUCUGGAACUCUGCUGCUGGACCGAAUUUCUCACACCAGGCCCGGCUUCCUUCCGCCUUUAAAUGUAAGUGUGAACCCACCUAUCCCUGACAUCAGAUCUAGCAGCAAACCUGCUCCCCUUGCGAGUGGCUUAAAAUCCAUGGUUCCCGUUGCUCCAAGUUCACCAAAGAGAGUUGACUUGAGAAGUAAAAGGAAGCUCCUCAGGAGGCACUCUAUGCAAGUGGAGCAGAUGAUGCAGCUGUCGGACUUUGAAGAAGUCAGGACCUAG